UUAAUGCGUCGACGAAUCAGAAAUUGACGUAUAUUGUAUGGUGUUGUGGGUUUAUGUGUUGUACAAUUAAAUUGUAGGGGAAUCUUUUCAAAGUGAUUCACAUUCUCUUAUAUAUAAACCUGGGCAAAUUAUUUAAGAUAUCAGAAUGGGUUUAACUAUUUCAAGUGUUUUUACGAGGCUUUUUGGAAAAAAACAGAUGCGUAUUCUAAUGGUUGGACUUGAUGCCGCUGGCAAAACUACCAUACUUUAUAAACUUAAGUUGGGCGAGAUUGUGACAACAAUACCAACCAUUGGCUUCAAUGUAGAAACUGUUGAGUACAGAAAUAUAAGUUUCACUGUUUGGGAUGUUGGUGGCCAAGACAAAAUCCGGCCUUUAUGGCGUCACUAUUACCAAAAUACCCAAGGGCUUAUAUUUGUUGUAGAUUCCAGUGAUACUAAAAGAAUAGCAGAAGCUGAGAAUGAACUAGCCAAUAUGUUGAAAGAAGAUGAACUAAGGGAUGCUGUAAUUCUGGUGUUCGCGAACAAGCAAGACAUGCCAAAUGCUAUGACAGCAGCAGAACUUACAAAUGCUCUCAACCUUAACAAUUUAAGAAACCGUCGUUGGUAUAUCCAAGCAACAUGUGCAACUCAAGGCCAGGGUCUCUAUGAGGGGUUGGACUGGCUGUCCAAUGAACUAGCCAAGAAGUGAGACUAAAUCCAACAGGGAUCUUGGGAAUGUAUACCAUACAUUCCCAAAAGGCUGGACAACAUUUUAUACAUGCUGUCAAACUAACUUGAAUUGAAAGACUAAAUUUGUAUGUAAUUUAAUUAUAUACCAAUAUAUUUAUUGUGUAAUGUAAGGGUCGGAUUUAUUAUCUUACUUUCCACUGCAUUUUAUAUUGAGAGCUAUGAUUAUAUUCAAUGUCUAUAAUAUUUUGUGGCUUUUGUGAAUGGGUAACAUAACAUAAUAUUAUGCAAGUAUGCUAUAAUUUUGCCAUAAUUAUACAGUAUUUUAUGAAAUUACCAAUUCAUUUUGUUCUAGCAUACAUCAUGUUAUAUUGGAUUGAUGCAUACAUUUUAAACAUUGAAUACCAUUGAUAGUAUAGGUGUGAACUUUAAUAGAAAAUUCAAGAAGUAUCCUUUUUCUGCUAUAAAUGCUCCAUUGCACCAUUAUUUAGAUUCAUUGUAUCUGUUAUAAUGAAGCAUAUUCCUGGCUGUCAUUACUAAAUACCAAAUCUAAUACUUUUUAUUUACUAGUUCUAGAGAAUAAGAUCCAUUAGGUCUCUGUUUAAAUUUUAAUGGAAAUUUACACAGCUUUUAAUAUUAAAAAAAAUUAUGUGUAAGUUUGGCCAAAUGUAAUACAUUCUCAAAAGUUAUUUAGGGCUACUAU